UCGGCUUUCUGAAAUUCACAGGAACCGGAAGAAGCGAAGUUACUGUACUGUGUUGAUUUCCAGAGAGAAGGAAAAGAGGACUUGACGUUUGGAUUCACAUGAAUAACCUUCUCAGUGCCAUUUUUUUCAUUUAUCCUGCAUACAAUUAAAGACUUGUUGAAAAAAAGUUUGAAUUAGUCGAUGGGAAAAAGCUGAAGAUGUUUAGCUUCGAGGGAGAUUUCAAAACAAGACCCAAGGUGUCACUUGGAGGAGCGAGUAAAAAGGAGGAGAAAGCAUCCCUGUUGCACAGAACUCAAGAAGAAAGGAGAAAAAGAGAAGAUGAAAGAAAACGACUGAAGAAUGCCAUCAUCAUUCAGUCGUACAUUCGUGGCUAUCAAGAUAUGAAACAACAGUAUGCCAUUCAGAGAGCCCAGUUUGACAGUUUUGUCAGCCAGACACAGGCGGGGGGAGCCCAGCAUGUUCUGGACAGUUCUGAUCUCUGCCUUCUAUCAAGACAACUGAUAUUUUUCUACAGACAGAACCUGGAUUCACACAGAUUGAUAUGGUUAUGCCAGAACCUGGUGAAACACAACAAUCCGUUUGUAAAGCUGUUGAUCACACCACAGAAGCAGACAUGUAUGUUUCAAAUCAGGAGGAUCUUGGGCUUCUGCUGCAGGCUUCUGCAAAACUCCACAGACGACAGUUUAAAUGUUGCAGUUCCCAUGCGCAUGCUGGAAGUCUUUUCCUCAGAGAAAACAUAUCUUUCUGUAAUUCCAGAUGCUAACUAUGUAGCUUUGAUACUUGAGCAGAUUUUGCACUAUAUGGUACAGAAAGGAUACUACAGAUCGCUGUACAUUCUGGUGAAUCACAGGCUUCCCUCCAGUCUGGAGUACAGCGAUGCUCCCUCUGUCCCUUUGGCAAGCACAUUGUUGGAGCACACACUUAAGCCUCUGCACUUUACCUACUCCUCUUGCACAAAAGGCGCAAGGCAAUUUGUAUUUGCAGCUUUUACCGAGGAGUUUAUUUCUGCCCCGUUUACCGAGCAGAUCUUUCACUUCUUUAUCCCGGCGCUCUCGGACUGCCGUCUUUCAUUCCCAUUCGAGGCCUUCCUGAGCUCCCUGCAGGGAACAGUGGAAUCUUCUUCUGCAGCGCAGAGCCAGGCACCCUGGCUGUUGUAUUUUGUCCUUUUUGCAGGAGAAAACCGCUUGGGUUCGCUAUCAGAAGAGGGCCUCCUGCUCUACCUUCGAGCUCUGCAGACGCUGCUGCCUCUACUGCCGGUGUCGGAAAGCUCCAGCAGACCUGAAGUGAGCAGCGGGUAUCUAUCAGAUCAAACCUCUGCUUUGCAUCUCUUGCAGGAUAACAGCCGGAUUUCGGUGCAGCAGAUAACGGAGGAAUGCAUCCACAAGCUGGACACGAAGCAGCAGACGAACGCCCUUCUGAACUUGGUCUGGAGGGAUUCGGCCAGCGAGGACGUUUUCACCAUGAUGGCCUCCAUCUGUCACACGCUCAUGGUGCAGCACCGUCUGAUGGUGCCCAAAGUCAGACUUCUGUACAGCUUAGCUUUCAAUGCGCGGUUCCUGCGGCAUCUGUGGCACCUGAUCACCUCCAUGACCACCAAAAUGAUCACAGGCUCCAUGGUGCCCUUGCUACAGCUAAUCUCUCGGGGGUCUCCCAUGUCGUUUGAGGACUCCAACCGCAUCAUCCCGCUCUUCUAUCUCUUCAGCUCCCUGUUCAGCCACUCACUCAUCUCUGUGCAUGACAGCGAGUUUUUUGGGCAUGAAAUGGAAGGUCAUGUACAAUCCUCCAUGAUGCCUUUCACGCUGUCAGAGCUGGUGACUCUUUCUCGCUGUUUGAGAGACGCGUGUCUGGGAAUCAUCAAGCUGGCCUACCCCGAAACCAAAACGGAGCACAGAGAGGAAUACAUGGCUGCUUUCCGCAGUGUGGGGGUCAAGACCAACAAUGAGGUCCAGCAGCGGAUCCAGGCUGAGCAGAAGCGAUGGGUGCAGCUCUUCAAGGUCAUCACUAACCUGGUGAAGAUGGUGAAAGCUCGUGACAUCAGACGACCCUUCUGCCCAGCAGGUCACUGGCUUUCUGAUGAGGUCAACAUCCGAGCGGAUAAGGUCACACAACUGUAUGUGCCUUCAGCAAGACAUGUGUGGAGGACAAGAAGGAUGGGACGUAUUGGGCCUCUUCAGUCAACACUUGACGUUGGACUGGAGCCUCCGCAGCUGUCUGUGUCUGAAGAGAGGAACUUGGCCAUCUUAACAGAACUCCCAUUUGUUGUUCCCUUUGAGGAGCGAGUAAAGAUCUUCCAGAGGCUCAUCUUUGCUGACAAACGGGACGUGCAGGGCGACGGGCCGUUCCCCGAUGGCAUCAAUGUCACCAUCAGACGAAACUACAUCUAUGAGGAUGCUUAUGAUAAGCUCUCUCCAGAAAAUGAACCAGACCUGAAGAAGAGGAUUCGUGUCCACCUGCUGAACGCUCACGGUCUGGACGAGGCGGGCAUCGAUGGCGGCGGCAUCUUUCGGGAGUUCCUCAACGAGCUCCUCAAGUCAGGCUUCAACCCCAACCAGGGCUUCUUCAAGACGACGAACGAGGGGCUGCUGUAUCCCAGUCCCGCAGCGGAGAUGCUGGUUGGAGACUCUUUCACGAGACACUACUAUUUCCUGGGCAGGAUUCUUGGAAAGGCGCUGUAUGAGAACAUGCUGGUGGAGUUGCCCUUUGCCAGUUUCUUUCUGUCCAAGCUUCUGGGAACCAGCGCAGACGUGGACAUCCACCACCUGGCCUCCCUGGAUCCAGAGAUGUACCGUAACCUGCUCUUCCUGAAGAGCUACGAGGACGACGUGGAGGAGCUCGGCCUCAACUUCACCGUGGUUAACAACGAUCUGGGAGAAGCUCAGGUGGUUGAACUGAAGCCAGGAGGCAAAGACAUUCCUGUGACCACAGCGAACCGGAUCGCUUACAUCCAUUUGGUGGCAGACUACAGGCUGAACAAACAGAUCCGACCUCAUUGCCUGGCUUUCAGACAGGGUCUGGCCAACGUGGUCAACCUCGAGUGGCUGCGGAUGUUUGAUCAGCAGGAGAUCCAGGUGCUGAUAUCUGGAGCUCAUGUACCAAUUAGUCUUGAUGACCUGAAAAACUUCACAAACUAUUCAGGCGGUUACACAGCCAAUCACCCGGUCAUCCAGAUCUUCUGGGAAGUGGUAGAAGGAUUCACAGAAGAGGAAAAGCGUAAACUCUUGAGAUUUGUCACCAGCUGUUCCCGACCUCCACUGCUUGGCUUUAAGGAGCUGCACCCGGCCUUCUGCAUUCACAACGGCGGCAGCGACCUUGAGCGUCUCCCCACCGCCAGCACCUGCAUGAACCUGCUCAAGCUCCCCGAGUUCUGUGACCAGCACUCCAUGAGGAGCAAGCUGCUGUACGCCAUCGAGUCAUCUGCCGGCUUCGAGCUGAGCUGAGCGCUUACAUCCGCACGCAGAAGAAGCUCCUUUAGUGAGAGGAAACGUGUGUGGGGUGAGAAAACACUCACCCGCACGCCAGCGGCGGACAGUUGUGACGCAGAACAUGUAUUCAUUUCAGUAAAGGUUCUAAUCCCUUUUUCCCGAAUCCCUCCAGAACUAGAUUCUUACAGAGACGGCUACUUUUGUGUUGCCUCACAAGAACGGACAGUUGUUUUUCACCAAAGAUUUAGUGGCAUUGUAUGAUUAAAAAAAUAAAUAAAAAAAACAAGAAAAAAAGCAAUAUAGCAACAAAGGGGUAUCAGACUCUAAAACCACCUGGUGGUAUGCCAAGGGCUGCAUAGGCAAAGGAGCUUAUAUGUCCAGCUAUCAUCUAUUGACAUAUAGAGGUAGUUUAAAUUCCUGUUUAACGGAUUUCUUAAAUACUAUUAGUAACAACCAUCAUGUGUUAUUUUACUGCAAGUGUGCACACAUCUUUUAAGGUGUUAAAGACUGAUAUUGAUGGACUAAAAAAAGACUUUAUAAACAUGGUUUUGUGAAUAUGUACAUGUCACAACCGCCUUUCUUUUGUGAUUAGAUUUGUUAUUUGUACAGAUUUGUUUCUCUUUCCUUUGUGUAAUGAAUGGAGGUCAUCUCCACACUCUCUGUCCUGGUUAGCACUCGUGUCAUACGGAUGAGGCCUGUCGGACUACCAACAGGGUGAAAAAACAAAAAGUUUAUGGAGAUAAAUAAAAUCCCCACUUUUCUGUUUUCA